GGGAUAAUAUUUUUCUAUUUUGGUCAUCCUUCCAAUUCCAAACAGAAGAAAUACUACCGUGACAUACAAUCCCCACCUGCAAUGUGUGCUGUGUUGUAAAUUUAAAGCAAACAGAAAGAGAGAGAGAGAGAGAGAGACGUCUCCGCUAUAAAUAUUCCUCGCAAGCUUCUCUCUGCAUAUUCUUCGCAUCUCUGCGUCUUCCAUAUCUCCAUUUUCAAUGACCUAAAGAGAUCUCUAUAUCAGAUCCAGAAACUCGGCUUCUGUUUUCCUUCACAGAACUCAGUUUCGGACCGGAUCGAAGAAUUUCCGUGUUUCGUUACUUCAAUUCAUGAAAUCUAACUGCUUAUAUUCUAAUCUUGCGCUCCAGAUGGCGGCUUGAGGGGCUCUCCUGAUUUUCUUUCUGCUUCAUUCUGGUCAUCUAAGUAUAUCGUACGUAUAGUUCUAUACUUGGUGGCAUUUUGAGGAGUGAGGCAACAAUGAAUGGCAUGGUAGAAUGCAGUGUCUGCCAUUCCAAAUUGGUGUCUCCAACUAGCAAAACGGUAUCUAAGGCAUAUGAUCGGCACAGAAGCAAGAUAUCAUCAAAGUACAGAGCCCUCAAUGUUCUCUUGGUUGUUGGGGAUUGCAUGUUGGUUGGUCUACAGCCCAUUUUGGUUUAUAUGUCCAAGGUUGAUGGGAGUUUUAAAUUUAGCCCUAUUAGUGUUAACUUUUUGACAGAAGUUACGAAGGUUAUCUUUGCAAUUGUAAUGCUCUCGUUGCAGGCUAGGCGUCAGAAGGUUGGCGAGAAGCCGCUUCUCUCAAUUUCUACAUUUAUCCAGGCAGCUCGCAACAAUGCACUUCUCGCUGUUCCUGCUUUUCUGUAUGCUAUCAAUAACUAUUUGAAGUUCACCAUGCAGCUUUACUUUAAUCCUGCAACUGUGAAGAUGCUGAGUAACUUGAAGGUUUUGGUUAUUGCUAUUUUAUUAAAGAUGGUCAUGAGACGGCGGUUUUCAAUCAUUCAGUGGGAGGCUCUUGCCCUGUUGCUCAUCGGAAUCAGUGUGAACCAGCUUCGGUCACUUCCUGAGGGCACAACUGCUUUGGGUCUUCCUGUUGCAACUGGUGCAUACGUAUAUACGUUAAUUUUUGUGACUGUUCCGUCUUUGGCCUCAGUUUACAAUGAGUAUGCUCUGAAGAGCCAAUUCGAGACAAGCAUUUAUCUUCAGAACCUAUUCUUAUAUGGGUAUGGUGCUAUUUUCAACUUUCUAGGCAUCCUUGUAACUGUCAUUUUCAAAGGUCCCAGUAGCUUCAAUAUUCUGGAAGGGCAUUCAAAGGCCACCAUGUUUUUAAUAUGCAACAAUGCAGCACAAGGAAUCCUGUCCUCUUUUUUCUUCAAAUAUGCAGAUGCAAUUUUGAAGAAGUACUCGUCAACUGUUGCCACAAUCUUUACGGGCAUAGCAUCUGCAGCUUUAUUUGGUCAUACUCUGACGAUAAACUUUGUCUUGGGUAUCUCUAUUGUUUUUAUCUCCAUGCACCAGUUCUUUUCACCUCUUUCGAAAGUCAAGGAUGAACCACAAAAUGGGACCACGGAAAUGAUGGAUGUACACAAUAAUCACAAGUCAAAGGAUUCCUUCAUAAAUAUGGCAGCUGGAGCUAAUGAAGAAGCUAGUCAUCGUGUUGGAUCCGAUGAGAGAGAGCCACUUCUUCCCACCUAAAAUUCUAGAGGAAUGUUCAUUGAAAGAGAUUCUUUUGGCUGGGUUACUGUGCAGUAUGGAGACAAGCCAGUUCUCACUAUACUCAAUAAGUCAGAUGAUGUAAGCGAAAUUCUUUUGUUUUGGGUUCUCUUUAGCCAUUGGGAUCCCUGUCCUUGGUAUGUGGCUGCUUGAAAAUGAUGUUGGAGUACAGGGGCCAGCAAGCAAGCAUUUUGGUUGAAGAAAUAUAUUUAAAUAGAGUUGCUGCAGGGGUUUGUUCCUGGCCUUGAACAUACUGUUGCGGUUGUUUUACUGUUAAAUGUACUCUUCCUAGAUCAGUUAUAGAGGAAUCAAAAUUUACUUAGUUCUUAUA